AGGAGUAGGGGGCAGAGGUGCGGCCGUUCUGCAUGGACCCUGUUCUUCCCAGCCUGGAUCUGAGAUUUGUGCCCGAAAGGAUGGUCCCUUUCAGUUUCCCUCUGUCAAAGUGUGCACUUUGGGACCCAGGCCCUAUUGGUGAUGUCAUUGGCUCACAUAUUACCUAUUACAGAAACCCAAAGUUAUCUAUGAUGGAGAAAACCUUGCGACUUGCCUAUCGCCAUGCUAAGCAGAAUGAAAAGAGAUUAUUUUCUUGUUUUUUGCUUGGGACUCUUGCAGUAGAUGAAGAUGGGGAAGGCAUAACGGUAACAAUAGACCGCUUUGAUCCUGGUCGAGAAGUUGCUGGUGGAUCGGGCAAAAUUCCAACUGCGUCUCUUCCUGGAGACUUUUUGAUUCCAUGUACAGUUAAUGCCUGGGGACCUUCUUCAGAUGUUAUAGUGCAUGGUGCUGAAGAUAUCAGCUUGGCUUUGCAGGGUCUGCAGCACAGUCUGUGCAGUAAAGAAUCACUGGACCUUUCUAAACUGCUCACUGUGAGAGCUCAUAUUAUUUUCACAGAAAACCUGGAUAAUCUACAUUUUAAUUUUUACUGGGCUUCAAUUACUGCAGCAAAUAUCUUGGAAUACACCCCUGUGAAGUCUGUCCCAAUCAUUCCCACAGCCCUAGCAAGAAAUCUGAACAGUCCAAUGAAUAUUGCACAAGUUCAAGGAACAUGUAAAUGUGGCUAUCUUACUAUGGACCAGACACGAAAAUUGCUUUUGCUGCUUGAGUCUGAUCCCAAGGCUUAUGCUCUGCCAUUAGUUGGAGUUUGGCUUAGUGGAGUUACCCAUAUCUGUAGUCCUCAAGUCUGGGCCUGUUGCUUGCGGUAUUUAUUCAGUUCUUCAAUUCAGGAAAGGGUUUUUUCAGAAUCUGGGAGUUUUCUUAUUGUGCUUUAUUCGUUGACACACAAGGAACCAGAGUUUUAUGAAUGCAUCCCAUGCAGUGGACAAACUGAACUAGGGUUUCAGAUCUUAACUUGCAAUGAAACAGUGCACCUCUUCAAAAAUGUCGAACCUUCAGACAAAAGCCCUAUCCAGUUUGAAUUGAGUGCAGAAAACCAAAAUGCAGAAACUGAGUUCUUCCGCAGAGUUUGCAAGAAACUUCCUCUCAGAAGUCCUUCCCAAGGCUGUUCACCCAGCAAGUUGUCAGCAAGUGAUCAUGACUCUGGUGUAGAAGAUGAGGAUUUAUCACCCAGACCAAUUCCAAGUCCUCACCCAGUGAGUCAACAGGUUACCAGGAUCUUUCCUUCAGUUCCUGAACUGUCACUUGUUUUGGAUGGGAGUUUCACAGAAUCAGGACAGUCAUCUAAGCCUAUGGGGACUUCAAAUGCUAAAAGUCAACCCACAGCACUACAUCAGCCUAUUAAAAAGAAAUGGUGCUUGGAAUCUGCAUAUUACCCCACCCAGCACUCUGAAGACAAGCAAAACUUUUCUGCUAAUAUGGGAGAUCCCUCUUUAAGGCAACUACCAAACCAUUUAAAUCAGAAAAUUCCAAUCUCAAGGCCUUCCAGAGGAAAGCAAGCUCCUCUACAGCAACCCUUUCACCCUAAGAAAGCUUGCCCUCCAUCAAGAAAAAGUUCAGGAUCAUCUUCUCCUUCAACCCCUUGUAGUGGGCCUUCCCCAGAUACAUCUGCACAUCACCCCAGAAAGCCAUCAGAGAGGCUUGUGUUAAAUCCCAACGGAGUAUCCCAGCAGGGAGAGCCUCCAAUUAGAACAUCAAUAUCCAAUUCUAAGCAGCUUCCUGCUGCUACGCAGCCAGUCCUCUGCAACUCUGUGUUUUCACCACAGAUCUGCAGAAGACCACCAGACCUGCAGGUGUCAGCUCAAGUGCCACCUUGCUGUCCAGCUGGUGCAUGUGCCUGUCAAUGUCCUGCUUCCCUUCAGUAUCACCCGAUAAACUCAUGGCAAGGAAUUGGUAAAAUGAGCCCCCAACAUGGAGCAGAAAUCCAAUCCGAGAUGGCUCAGCAGAAUCCGUGUACAGUGCUGCAUCAAAACAUCAUUUGUCCAAAUGUUUGCUGCAAUCCAGGAUAUACCACAAGCAGCCCUAUAAGCAUGAGAUGUCAUGGGAGAACGGGAAGCUGUUCUCUCGACAAUAGCUUAUCGCCUGGAAUAAGACUGCCUUCAAGUGCAAGCCCCUCUAGUCCACAGUUUUGUGCAGCCCACUUACCGUGCCUGCACAUGCCUGCUUCUAAAGCAGGAUCAGAUAAUGGAAUGAUGGGAUUAUCUCCAGAUGCAUACCGAGUUCUUACAGAACAAGAUAGACAACUCAAAUUACUUCAAGCUCAGAUCCAACGCUUACUGGAAGCUCAGGCUCAUCAGGGUUGUUCCUCAGAUCCAGCUGCAACUGGCCAUGCUCUGCAGCCUGAGAAGCAAGGGGAUGUUGUUUCUAUGGAAACACCAUCCUCAUCCGGCCCACACAUGAGGAGAAGUGUGAGCGUGGCUGUGAGCACAGGUGCUAGCUUAUUUUGGAAUACAGCCUCAGAAAAACAAGACGACUCCACACCACAAGGGAAAAAAGAGGAUGAAGAGAUUUCUAAGGAAGACAUAAGCAUUUCAAUUAAUGCUGAACAAGAUGCAAGUAACACAAGUAUUGCUUCUUCCUUAAAGGUGGUUGACAUGCCCAGCUUUGUAGACAGUAUUCACCUUGUGGAAGAAGGAACUAAUCAGAACACUCUCCAAAAUGGAAAUGUUUCCCAAGCACUUGUUCGGAGUUCAUCCUUGGAAGGAAGUAUUAGCGUGUGUUUAGAGAAAGAACCAACAGAGGGAGCCAGCAACCACGUGGUGGUAACAAGUGAGCAGAGCUCGGAGCCACCCGCCUCGUUGCUGCCUCGGAAUCCAUCAGAGGAGCAGAAGCUUUACCAGGACUUAUUGGGCCAAGUAAACCACCUCCUGAAGUCCUCAGAAGAGCAAAAUCACUUGCCUGUAAAAUCUGGCUUCAUUAAUAAUGAUGGCCCUAAGUAUCAGGAUAUUGAUGCUACAACAGAAAUGGCUUCAGAGACUGACAGGGAAGCGGUGGACAAAGAGAGUGUGAUCAGUGCCACGCUGAAACAGCUGAAGAGUCUUGGAGUGACAAUUGACUCGCCUGGCAAAUUGAAGAAAAACACCCACAAAGUGGAGAAUGCCAGCAUUUUAGCCUGCAUAAAUCCUGAAGCAGUGGUUCCUGGACUAAACUAUAUGUCGUUUGCCAAUGUCAGCAUGUGUGGCUUAACUCCUAAUGUUGUUGACCUGAGCAUGGAAGCAAAUGCUAUAGCACUCAAGUAUCUCAGUGAGAAUCAGUUAUCUCGACUAUCCCUCAGUCGCUCAGGCCAAAACCCUCCUGUAGAUCUCUCUUUCCAGGACAUCUUGCAUACAAAUAUGGACAAGAGCAUGGUGGGUCUUAGCUUAAUUUCACCAAACAAUAUGUCUUUUGCAACCAAGAAGUACAUGAAGCGAUAUGGGCUGAUACAGGGCAACGACAGCAGUGAAGACGAAGAGGAACUGCAGGUUCGAGAUGGCAAUUCUGGCACUGUCAAAAGUGAAAGCACACUGGACAAAAACUGUGUGUUGGAAGGUUUCACACACCAGACUGAAUUACCCAGAAGAAUUGAUGGAAAGCUUCCAGUUCAUCUAAAAAGUCACAGCAGAGAGCUGAGUGCCAGUGCUUCUCCAGCAUUAAACAGCCCUGUAUUAAAAAAUAUUACAAAUGAAAUGUUUCCUCCUAGAACAGAUCAAGCAGAUGAGAACUCAGUUCAGAUUUUAAAGGAUUUAAAAUCAAAACCUAAAUUGUUACCUGGGAGGGUUGAAUUCACUGAACAACCUGGCAGGAAGGAAGAAGGAGAUGCUCAGGUCUUCCCCGGAAAUCUGCAUAGUCCACUCCUUGAAACAUUAAACCAGUCAAACAGCAUGAAUUCUGUUGGCACCAUUCUUGAUGUGAAACAACUCAGGCAAUUGCCCAAGUUGUUCUGAACGUCCCCCGAGGUGGUUUCAACUCUGGAUUUCUCCCUAAAAGACUGCAGGAAACCGAGGAUUAAGUUAUCUUUGAAGAGGUCACUCUGUGGUAGCAGUAUCAGACUUGCAGAACAGUGUUUUCAGCCCAGGCUGGGGACAGUCACCUCUGAGUGCCUGGCUGAGGAGGUGCUGAUCAGCACUGCAGUAUGUGUGCACUUUUGUUUACAGUUUGGUGUGAUUUUUAAGGUAUCUAAAAGGCAAAUCAACCUGAGCCCAAGAUAUUCUCUUAACCUGCUUUUAACAAUGCUUAUUUAAAUGUUCUUCCGUUGACUCUUUUAAAACACUGACUUUUACACGUUUGUGCCACGUGAGCCAUCGCCAUUGUGCGAGGCAGAGCAGGGCUACCUGAGCUAAAGCACUAACUUCUAGGAAUGAGCUGAAAUGGUUGGAUUACUGG